AUAUAUCAGAGGUUAAAGAUGGCGGCUUAUGCAUCUCUAGUUUCUUUGUUGAAUACUAUGGAGAAGAUCCAGGCUCAUCCUCUCCUCUCUACUUGUUUGGACAAGUACCAGAAUGAAUCUCUUCGCACAAAGGUUGAUUUCUUUCUAGAUUUUGUAGAGCAUUAUUCAGAUGCAGGCAGCAGAGAAGCAGAUGAUUUGCUGAGGCGAAUUGCAUUCGUGGCUCAUGCGGCUGAAGAUAUAACUGAAUGUGAAGCAGCAGAUCGAGUUCGUGCUGUUUCCACUAAAAAAAGUCUGCAGAUGUUGCUCCGUCUGCAGAGAAUAAUCGACGGCAUGUUUUCAAUCGAGGAAAAGGUAAUCAAGUUUAAAGAAGAAAUGGGGUGCAUAAACCGGCAGCCCUCGUAUUCGACGUCAUCAGCUGCAUCUGUGAAGACUGCAGCUAUGGUGGGAUUCGACGGCUACUUGGUGCAACUCUUGGAUCAGCUCACUGGACAACCUCCUGAGCGGCGGAUAAUCUCAAUCGUCGGAAUGGGAGGGAUAGGUAAGACCACUCUUGCUAGAAACGUCUAUGAAAAUCUACUUACUGUUCAACAUUUUGAUGUUCGUGCUUGGGUUACUGUGUCGCAAGAUUACAAUGCUAGAGAAAUUCUUAAAGAAGCACUUUCUUGCCUAGGAGGAUUGAGUAGUAAUAUUGAUAAGGAUCAAUUAGGCGAAGAGUUGCAUAAAACUUUAUAUGGUAGGAGGUAUCUCAUUAUACUGGAUGAUGUGUGGAGCGUCGAGGUUUGGGAUAGGAUGAAUUUUUUCUUCCCAGAAAAUAACAAUGGAAGCCGAAUUGUGGUAACAACUAGGCUAUCGGAGGUGGUGGAUUAUUUUAGCUCCUCUGCAGUUGCAUUGAGCUUUCUUGAUGAUAGUAAGAGUUGGGAGCUUUUCUGUGAGAAAACAUUUCCACAGGAAAGCUGCCCUCUUGAACUGGAAGACAUCGGAAAGAAGAUUGUUAACAAGUGCAGAGGACUCCCACUCGCGAUCGUCGUGAUUGGAGGCCUUCUUGGAAAAUCAUCUAGGACACAAGAAUACUGGGAGAAGAUUGGAAAUGAUAUAAGCUUGAUUUUGAAUUCAAGAGAGGGAAACAAAGUGUUGAGCAUAUUAUAUCUGAGUUAUAAGCACUUGCCUGCGUGUCUGAAAUCAUGUUUCCUUUACCUGGGAUUGUUUCCGGAAGACUGUGAUAUCCGUGUGUCCGAACUCAUUAAACUCUGGGUUGCUGAAGGCUUUAUAAAACCAAACACACACCAGAGUUUGGAAGAAAUCGCGGAGGGAUACGUAAAGGAGCUCAUCGACAGGAGUCUCCUUUUAGUUCGUGGGUUCAGACCACACAAGAGGUUCGAAACAUGUUGUGUUCAUGAUCUUGUAAGAGACUUGAGCAUCAAGAUUGCUGCAAAAGAGGACUUUGUUUGUGUGCGGCGUCACUUCACCGUUGAUGAAAGAACUGCAAGCUUUUACAGCCAAAACAAUAGCUCUGGUCUUGUCCAUCCUCAGAUAUUCACCGCCAAGGAAAGGCCGUUUAAAUCUCGAUCGUUGAGGGUGUUGGCUCACUGUUCGGGUAGCCUAGACUAUAAUCUCCGAGAUGUCAGCUUGCGGUAUUUAUACCAUGAAUCUACUCUUGUCGGACUCAACAGGAUCCGCAGUUACAAUCUCCCUUCAUCAAUUUCAAACCUCUGGAGUUUGCAGACUUUGAAGAUUACAGGGAUUGUAAAAGUUGUUGCGCCGGCUGAGAUCUGGGAGAUGCCACAGCUUAGGCAUGUCGAUAUCGGGUCACUCCAUCUUCCUCAUCCCAGGGGCAAUCGAGACGCGAUUGUAUUGCGAAACUUGCAGACGCUCAGGAGAGUAAAGCAAUUCCAGUGUUCUAAGGAGGUCUGUAAGAGAAUACCAAACAUUAAGGAAUUGGAAUUUGAUUCGAGCUCGCGUCGCACUUUGUACAAUAUCGGAAGCUUAACCAAACUCGAGUCGCUGAGAUACUCCGCCUGUGGAUCGUCAAGGCCACAUUAUUCCACGAAGAACCUCAGAUUCUUGAGCUCACUCAGGGAGUUGAGUUUGCAUGGUUGCAAGCUCUUGUGGAGGGAUAUGAAGACACUUGGUUCAUUGCCUCGUCUCCAAGUUCUCAAUUUGUCGGGGAGGAAAUCCUUGGUGGGAUCGAAAUGGGAUUCGAGUGAGGAGAGAUUCCUUAGCUUGAAGCACCUGCAAGUUUAUGGAUGUGUUGGUUUGAUCUGUUGGAUUGCGGAGUGCUCCCAUUUUCUAGUGUUGGAGACACUUUCCCUUUCAGGUUUAUCCGAACUGGAAGAGAUCCCUUUAGGUGUAGGAGAUAUAGCGACUCUUGAAAGAAUAGAUGUGAGCUAUUGCGCGGAAUCAGUCUACAUUUCAGCGAUUAAGAUAGUAGAGGAACAAGAGAGCCUUGGAAAUCAUGGGCUUCAAGUGGAGCUCAACUUCUUUGAUCAGGAGGAUGCAAAAGAGUUCAAGGAAAAAUUCCGACUAGAGGGCUUCACUAACCAAAAUCUUCGAUUCACAUAUACGGCAAGAUAAUUAGUUUCGGGCCACUUUUCAGCAACACAAUAUGAGGCAAAUAGUUGAAGGAGAAGGUGAAAUUUAAUGGCCUUACUUUUUCAAGUUGAUGAAUUUUCUAGUUUUUUUUUUUUUUUUGAUAAAUUAAUGUAUUUUCUAGUUGAUCGUGUGUAAUUUUAUCAUUUUUCUACAAGCCUGAGAAACUCAACACUUUUGUUUUUUUUGGUUCGUGUAUGCUUGUAUUUGCAUACUACUCAUUUCGGAGAAGAACAAGAUUUCACAAAUAGCGU